GCGAUUUCACGCAGUUGGUUUUCUCUUAUUGGACUGGAGUCAGUGAAUCGUCUCUGAACUGAGCCGAAGACAGAUUGACGAACCAAAAUGUUGUCCAAGUAGUGCAUAUAGUCUUUGUCUUCAGUCCAUCUUCUCAGCUCCGGUCCCUUUUGUCUAGCUGGGGUUAGCACAAGGAGGUCCAUGGACAGAGCUGUAAAUGGCUGAGGAGCUGUGUACCGGCUGGUUUCGCAUCAUUGCAGGCUCCUUGGAGAUAGAGGAAUGCAAAUCUGCAACCAUGAUGGAAGGAUUGAAAAAACGUACAAGGAAGGCCUUCGGGAUACGGAAGAAAGAGAAGGACAAUGACUCCACGGGGUCCCCAGACAGAGACGGGGGUGCUCAGAAGACAAACGGGGCCCCUAAUGGCUUCUAUGGAGACAUCGACUGGGACAGAUAUAAUUCUCCCAAGGUGGAUGAUGAGGGUUACAGCAUCAGACCAGAUGAUGAUGAUUCAGAAGAGGGAGUGCCCACCACCAAAAAGAGCCACUUCUUUUCCUCUGACGAGUCAGAAGAAGAGGAGGACCACAGGAAAAAAUUCAAGAUCAAGAUCAAGCCUCUGCCGGCCGAUCAAGUUGUGACAGCACCCUCGGUCGACGAACUCAAAGCCUCAAUAGGCAACAUAGCCCUGUCUCCAUCUCCUCUGAGGAGUCCGAGACGUAGCCCGGGUCUAAAAAGGAACACAUCAAGUGAGGAAAUUGCCAGACCAAGACGUGUCGUCACCACUUUACCCACUGUGGUCCCAGCCCCAGCACCAGCUCCAGCACCACAACCCCCCAGCAGUCAAUCAACACCCACGGUCCCUGAAGACACCACAGCCUUAUUUGGACCUCCUUUGGAAACAGCCUUUGGAGAACCAAAGACUGAAGUGGUUCUGUCUGAGUCUGAUGCGUGGGGGGCUCCUCUGUCAGAGCCAGACUCCUCUUUGUCAAGAUCCUUCCCCACAGGAACUCCACCUCCUCUUCCACCCAAGAAUGUCCCAACCUCCCCUCCAUCGAACAGUCCUGCAGAUGAUGCCGAAGUGUCAACAGAAUCAGACGGUUCUGCCAGGAAGCCUUCAAUAGCUGACCUGGACAACAUCUUUGGGCCAGAAGAAGCUCCCCCUGCUGGCGAGGAAAAGAAUGACUCAUGGGUUUGCUUCAGUGAAGAAUCUGCUGCACGGCCACCUCUACCAGAAGAACCAGCACCACCUCUACCAGCCUCCCCACCUCCACCUGAAUCUCCUGCCCCACCUUUACCCACAUCACCACCUCCUCCAGAUGACCCUGCUCCACCUCUUCCCACAUCCCCUCCUCCAAAAGAAGAACCAUUGCCCCCUCUACCAACCUCCCCUCCUCCAACAGAGGAGCCUGUUGCACCUCCCAUCCGCUCAGGUCCGUCUACACCUGAGGACAGAAAUCCUCCAUCACUUCCCACCUCUCCACCCCCAGCACCACCAAAGGAUCUCGAAUCUCCUCCUGCCUCCUCUCCCACUGCUGUUGAGUCACCUACCAGCGUCCCACCAGCCCCGGCUCCCAAAGCAAGAACCCCUCCAUCAGGGACCCCUCCUGCUGAGGAACCUGCAGCACGCCCCCUCCCGACACCACUUGUCUUGUCUCAAGAGGAGCAGUCAAAGAACACAGAAACCACCAAACCCAAAGAGGACGGAGCUGAAAGUGUCACAUCACCUGUCGAUGCUAACCAGGGUAGCCGGAGUACACCUCCCCCUCCUCCUCCACCCACAUACCGGGCAGUGGUUUCAUCACCAGGUCCCACAGCAGGAGCUGGUGGCUCAAAUAGUGGUUCUUCUUCCCCUGUGCGACCUGCAACCCCCUCAUCAGUUAACCAAACUCCACCACCUCCUCCACCUCGCCCCCCUUCACGGCCCAAACUUCCUCCAGGGAAACCCACUGUAGGAGAUGCAAGUCGUCCAUUCAGCCCUCCAGUCCACUCUGCCAGCCCCCCUCCUAUCGCUCCUUUGGCGCGGGCUGAGAGCACCUCCUCCAUCUCCUCCACAAAUUCCAUGAGUGCCGCCACCACCCCCACUGUCGGUAAAGAGCUCUCCGUGUCCGUGUCAGAGAAUGACCAGCCAUCCCUUGUAUGGUUUGACAGAGGGAAGUUUUAUUUAACCUUUGAAGGCUGCUCCAGAGGGCCCAGCCCUCUCACUAUGGGCGCUCAGGACACUCUACCUGUAGCUGCUGCAUUCACUGAGACAGUCAAUGCCUUCUUUAAGGGAGCUGACCCCAGCAAGUGCGUUGUGAAGAUCAUAGGUGAGAUGGUUUUGUCGUUUCCGGCGGGAAUCACGCGGCACUUUGCCAAUAACCCGUCCCCCGCCACGCUAACCUUCAGCAUAACCAACUACAGCCGACUGGAGCAUGUCCUGCCUAACCCCCAGCUCCUCUGCUGUGACACUACCACUACAGCCAAGGCAGAUUCAAAGGACUUCUGGGUGAACAUGCCAAACCUGAUAUCACAUUUAAAGAAGGUGGCGGAACAGAAGCCACAAGCAACAUAUUACAAUGUGGACAUGCUCAAGUAUCAGGUAUCAGCCGAUGGACUGCAAUCAAUUCCUCUGAAUCUAGCGGUGAGCUGGAGAUGUGAGUCCACCAGCACGGACCUGAGGAUAGACUACAAAUACAACGGGGAGGCCAUGACGACACCGAUGGCACUCAACAACGUACAGUUCCUGGUUCCUGUCGAUGGAGGGGUUUCCAAACUACAGGCAGUCUUACCUCCUGCUGCAUGGAAUGCAGAGCAGCAAAGAAUCCUUUGGAAGAUCCCUGACAUCUCACAGAAAUCUGAAAAUGGAGGUGUGGGAUCGUUGUUAGCACGGUUCCAGCUAACAGAAGGCCCCAGUAAACCUGCUCCCCUGGCCGUGCAGUUCACCAGUGAGGGCAGCACGCUGUCAGGCUGUGAUAUUGAACUGGCUGGGCCAGGAUACCGCUUCUCCCUCAUCAAGAAGAGGUUUGCAGCAGGAAAAUACCUGGCUGACAACUAAGCGUUGCUACUGAGAACCGUGCUGUUAAACGAAUCAAUCGCAGUGGACUGAGCUUGACCCCGAGGACAGAGACAAACUGACACCAGACAGACUUUUUCCAUUAACCCUUUCUGAACCCACACAGCCGACAGGUCCGCAGCCUACCCAGCAGUAUUGUAUAACUUGCAUAUAGCAUCGUGGAGCUGUUUUAGGUCACGUAAUUCUCGUAUUUGUAUUCAUUUCAUAACAUCUGUAUUGCUGCAGUUAGACACCUGGGUUCUUCCUCCCUCUGAAGUCUGUGCCUCUGUCUCCAUCCUCCUCUGGUCAAUGUGUGGUGGUGUGUUUUUUAAACGUUUCACUGCAGCUGCCUGACCGAAGACGCUGUCAAAAAGGUGUUUUGGACAGAUUUAAAGUCUGAAUGACAGACUUGUUGUCCAGAAGGAUUUGGCUGUGAUAAAACACCCGUAGUGGUCAGACACAAAACCAACAUCUGGUACAGCUAAAGCUAGGCUAGUGGAAGACAGAGGGCAAGGUAAGGUAUGUUUUCAACCUUCAUUAGCAGAUUAUAAACAGCUCUGUGAAUCAUGUUUCUGUCAGAGUCUGAGCUCAAAGCCUGAGACAGCCGUCUCACCCUGACGACAGCCAGCACAUAUAUGCAUUAACUGAUGCACUCCGACACACUUUGUCACAAACAGCUAAGUGGAAGAAGUUUGUCGUUGCUGCUUAGCAAUCAUAAGAUGAACAGGAACAAGUAUCUACAUUAAGGAAUUAGGUCUUCAUGCACCACCUACUGGUACUACAGGGUCACAUGACUUUGGAGCUCAUCCUUUUUAAUAGAAUUGCACUGAUCAGUCAAUCAAACUGUUACUUUAUUUCUCCAGUUUAUGCAGACAUAGGUGGGGAGGCUCUUAGCUAGUUAGGCAGCUGCAAUGAUAAAUCAAUGUACUGGUUGCAAAAUAAGAAACUCUGUUUUCCCGUCAGAACAAAACAAGUGUACAAAGUGUCAUUUUAAAUCAAUAAUAUAUAUCUUAAAGGGCGUUUUGGUGUUUUCCUCGUAUUGUCAGAUAGCCUCUCUGUUGUUCCCAGGACAGCAGUAAUAGCCACCAGAGUACAUGACAGCAUUCUAUUUUUAUUUAUUGACGACGAUUUGUUGUAUAAAAUAUGUGAUUCUGUAUACGAAUAGAAUUUGAAUGGUAUCACACGACUCAGAAACCCUUAAAGGUAUAAAUAUUUGAAUUCUCUCUUUUUGUUAUCUGUGUAGUUGGGUAACCUGUGUACAGUAUAAGGUAUAAUUUUUGAAUUUAUUUCAGAUAUAAUUUUUUAACUCAAGUGCAACAAAAGAUUUGAGCUAUAUAUGGGUGGGGAGGGGUAAUUUAAAGAAAAAGAUAAAUAUCUUCCUGGAUGCUGUGUUAUGCUUUGUGAAAGCAGUGUUAAUGUAGAGUUAGCUAUACCAUGGGCAAGGUUCCACUUUAUAGUUAGUUUGAUGGUUUGGGAAACGGGCUUUUUCUCUGUUUUGGAGGAUUACAGAUGAUAAAUGCCACUCUUAUAUCUGUCUGAUCAGCGUGAGGCUGCAGCCAGGAGACUGUUAGUAUUAAGACUGGAAACAGCCAACAUGGCUCUGUAUUAUCAUAAAAAAAUGGUCACUGGCAACAAAUUUUAUCUAUUUAUCUAUGCAUACAUAAACUAAACUGGUUUAGAUAUAGUUCAGGGCUGCUUUUCAGAAAUUUCUGUGUGCUUAGGGCCCCAUUUGAAACCUGAAAAUCCUCUGGGGGGCACCAUAGUCAUUAAGUACAAUUAACAAAGCACUUGCAUUUGUUUUGUUUUAACAUGCAUCUGCAAAGUCACCUAUUUUUUCUUUUCUUAUAUAAAUUUCCUAAAAUGUACAUGAUGGUUAGCCAUGGCUAGAAGUCUUCUAUACAUUGCAUCAGUUGCACAGUAAUUAAAUGCAGCAAUGCUUAUGUAUUGUCCCUGACAAAUAAACAGUUAAAUAAAUAAUAAUAAAUGACUCUAUAAACUAUUUUCUAGUAACUUUAAUGCAGCAUAGUUGAAUGUUUGAUGGAGCAUCACCACCUAAUUCAGCACCAGUCAAAUCAUGACACCUGCUCUAUACAUCAGGCAGACACUUCUUGGGGUUAAAAAAAAACCAUAGUAGCGUGUAAUAAAGUUCUUUAAUUAUUUAAACUUGAUCUUAAUUUUCAGAAUUUUGCUCAUGGUGUUUGUAUGAGCCAAAAGCAGGCCGGAAUUUGUGUUUAAAGUCUCGAAUUAAGAUUUUUGUGAGUACUUCUCAAACAAAAUUAGUGUAAGAUUAGACUUGCGUCAAUAUUUUGACUAGAAUUAGACAAGUACACUGCUUUAGAGGUGAGUUUUUGCAUUGCAGAGUCAAAUAUCUCACCAAAAGUGCAAAGGAUUGGUAUGUAAAUAUAUUUGCAUAUUUAUUAUGAUUUGUGUUGGGGAAUUAUUGCCUUUAUUGGAGAGAUAGGACAGUGAAUUUAGCUGGAAAUUGAUGAGAGUAGGGAAGGACAUGCGGGGAAAGAGCCAUGGGCCGGAUUAAAAUCCGGGCCGCCUGCGUGCAUGGGGCGCCUAACCACUAGGCCAUCUGUGCCCCAUAUUUGCACAUUCGUGCGAGUUAUGGGGAUUUAAUGUAGCAACUGUGUAGAUUCCUGCAUAUUUUACUUGCAACCUCACACACUACAAGAAAUAUAUUUUUAUCCAGUAUUUUUCCAUUAGCCUGAGAACGGAUUCAUGGAGUGCUAGUUUACAAAUGUCAGGAUGCAAACAUGCUAAGCUAAGAUGGUCAACAUCACAGCUGCUUUACCUCACCUCAUGGUUAGGAUUCAGCCCAUUGCUGUACCUGAGUCCAGCCUCAUGGUCAGUGUUAUAUACUUUUGCACAGCACCAGGCUAAGCUAGUUUGGUAGCUUAGCCUAGCUAAGCUAGCAGUCUCAUGACUUCAGUCGAACAUUUAACAGACAGACAUGACGGUGGUAUCAAUCUUCUAAUCUGAUUCUCCACAAGAGAGUCAGUCUUUUUCCCAAACUGUUGAACUUUUUAAGGUCAAAACAAAGAUUAUAGGAGCAAACAGUUCUCUCUGAGCGAGGUACCACUGCUGGAACAAGAUUUGUGGUGUAUUUUUUUUUUUUUUACUUCAUUGUGAUAAACAGGGAGAAAACACAAUCCAGCAUUCUCAGUUCCUAAACCUUACUUCAACCACAAGUCUGACCUGUUUUCUACCUGUUUCCCUCCUUCACCUCAGUGGUACCUACACCCCCCAACUAUAUCAAAAACACCCCAAUCGUCCAACCAGCGCUUGAAUCCAUGGCUUUAUUUUGCAUAAUUGUAAUGGUCUCUGUGAGAUGACAUGAGUGUAAUGAGGUUGUGGAGCAAGGUUAAGUUGACCAAAAUGCUUUUUUUUUUUUCUUUUUGUAUUUAAUGUGUGUGUACCCCAGACAGUCAGUCCUCUGUUACGGAGAAUAAGCUGAAUAUUUUUAAAACAGAUAAAAGUGAAAAAAUAUUAUAUUGUUUAUGUGUAAAAAACACUGUGCUGAUGAUGUUGAACUUCCUGAACGCUCUGACACUCAACGUGAAGAACAAAAUGUGUGUGUGAUCUCCGUACUGUAAUGUUUGUCGAUUAUUCUGCUAAAUGCAACCAAUCAUGGUCCUCCAGAGCAGCUGAAGAAACUCGUAGGCUGAAUUUAGAACAAGAGAAAUGGAUGCAACAUGACAACUCUGCUAUUUAAUGAUAGAGUACCUUUGAUUAGGCAUAGUUUUAGAGAUUUGUGGUUAUUUGACCAAUAAAAGAUCAGAUUGGAACAGUGCAAUCAUUUAAAAUGUUGCUUUUAACCACAUCCCUGUACUGUCAUAGUGAUUACUCUGAGGUUGCAUUUGUUCCGUUUAUGCAGAGUGAUGAUGAUUGGUGCCAUUUAGCUUGCUCAGGAGUUUGGUAACAUUUUCUCUCAGUCAUGUUUCUGUUCAUCAGACACGUCCGAGAGGAAACGGUCACCUCUCUGCUGCACCUUCAGUGCAACACUCACUACAGCAUUAUCUACAGAGGCCCAACAUUCCCAUCAUGCAUCUGUUUUAAAUGAUCUUUCAGCUCAGAAGUCAUGUAAUAGAUCAGAACUCACUCUGUUUUUUUCUCUGGUGAUUAUUGUCAUAAAAAUGGAUCCAGCUUUCCACAUCUUCAUCUCUGUUGCUAAUUCGUCCUGCAGUAAUUCUGUAUGCAUGCAGAGCAUGCAGUGAGAGGUGGGCUGUCGACUGAUGAUACUGUAGAUAGUACUAAAAUGACGUGUUGUGCUGAGUGUCAGUGACCUGUAUUACUGUUGAGAAGAGAGCUGGGAGUGUGUCUAUGUGUGCUAUAAGCCAGAAUGCUUUUUGGUUCUGUACCGUUAACCUCAAACACAUGUGCAAGCUGUUUGUACAGUACAUAACAACGCUAAGAUGAACUGAGAAACUUAGUUUGCUUCUUUCCAAAACCAA